CAGACCCCUUAUUUUUAGCCGAAAAAAGAUUCGUUUUUUUUGGCAGGCUUCAUUUCCCAUUGCUGAAACUGCCCGCCUUUCUUCUCUCACUCGAACCGACGGUGACGCAUCAAUGGGAUCCACGGUUGUUCGAUCCCCACUUAGCCCCCUAGCUGGCAAAAUCACCGGCAAUCCCUCGCCGUCCGAUCACAAAUCGCCGAUAUUCAUCAGAAUUCGCCAGCUUUAUCCGAACCACCGUGUUGUAGCCCCUGUUUUCGCUACCCUCCUUGAAGACAGAGGUGGCAAGGACAACAACAACAACAACAACAACCACUCAUCUGGAGGCAAGAUCAACAACACGCCGUCGCUUGAGUUGCGGACGAUUCUAGAAGAAACCGCGCUCGAGGUUUCACCCAGAGAUUCACCUCUCCUUCCCAAGCCGUUAUCUUCUAGCCGGAGCUCCGUUUCCGUCCACGAAGGUUCUCGCCUUCGUGUUGCAUACCAGGGAGUUCGUGGAGCAUAUAGUGAGUCAGCUGCAGAUAAGGCAUAUCCCAAUUGUGAAGCUGUUCCUUGCGAACAAUUUGAUACCGCUUUUGAAGCUGUUGAAUCGUGGAUUGUGGACAGAGCAGUUUUACCAAUUGAGAAUUCCUUAGGUGGCAGUAUCCACAGAAACUAUGACCUGUUACUCAGGCACAGUUUGCAUAUUGUUGGGGAAGUGAAACUUGCAGUUCGUCAUUGCUUACUAGCCAACCAUGGUGUUAAAGUUCAAGACUUGACAAGGGUUCUUAGCCAUCCUCAGGCCCUUGCUCAAUGUGAGAACACAUUGACAAAGUUGGGAUUGGUCAGAGAAGCCAUGGAUGACACUGCUGGUGCAGCAAAGUUUGUAGCUUCCAAUAAACUAAAAGAUGCAGGAGCUGUUGCCAGUGCUGCUGCUGCAACAAUAUAUGAUCUGAACAUACUUGCUAAAGAUAUUCAGGAUGAGUGUGACAAUGUUACUCGUUUUCUAAUGUUGGCCCGGGAGCCCAUUAUUCCUGGUAUUGAGAAGCCUUUCAAGACAAGCAUAGUUUUCUCAUUGGAGGAGGGUCCAGGUAUAUUAUUCAAUGCACUGAGUUGCUUUGCCAUGCGGCAAAUCAACCUUACAAAGAUUGAAAGUCGCCCCUUGAGAAACCAUCUUGUGCGAGCAUCUGAUUUUUGCAACAACAGGGUUCCAAGAUACUUUGACUCGAUUUUCUAUGUGGAUUUUGAAGCUUCAAUGGCUGAUCAAAGGGCACAAAACGCCCUCAGGAAUCUAAAGGAGUUUGCUACAUUCUUGCGAGUGUUGGGGAGCUAUCCAGUGGACACAACCAUGAUAUGAAUGAGCUGUUGAUAAUUUGUGCUUAAGAUGGAUAUGUCAAUACAGCAUGCAGCAUUUGAAGUUUAGCCAUUUACCAAAAACAGGCAUUUGAAUUCUAGCCUUAACAUGUCUUUUUGCCGUUUCUGCUUGGUUUCGUGGAGGCAUCAAGUGGCAAGCAUAUUAUAAGCAUCAAUAUGCUCCAAUUGGUGCAAUUUUGUCUCACCUUCUCUUUGUCAUUUACAUGUAAUUUGUAGAAUUAUCUUCUCUGGUUUUCAUGUAAUGGAAGACUUUUUAGUCUUAAUUUGCGAAAAUCAGUUUGGAGACUACCAUCUAUGGUCAUCAAUUUGAAUUUGAUAGGUUGGCUCGGGUACCUCCUCUACUUUCCUCAU